AGCGAUAAUACGGCGACAAUGGGGGCUACUGGCAGAGGUGAGAUGUACUUUGCAUAACUGAGCAAUGUGAUUCGAACCAGAGAUAACUAUGAUGUAGUGGUAGGGCGUUGCUAUGACUGAAAGUGUAUAAUCCUAUGAAAUAAAAAGAUUCGGACGCCACUGCCAGCGAGAUUUGAGAGCCGUCACUUGGUUUCCUGCAGUAGCUUCCUACAAUCAACAAACAAUGAACGGCGAAUCCUCGUCUUCGAAUGCUGCAUCCACCGCACCUGAGUCUUCUAACUUGAUGAAUGUUGGCCUUCAGGACGAGAUGGUUGGUUUUGCAGUCACUCCAAAGACCGAUUGCGAACACCUUCCCCGCACUCGACUGGUUACCGACUUGACGGACAGUAUCGUUCGCGAAGCUCUUUGCACGCACUGCGGAAAGCCCGAGACUUGGCUAUGCUUGACUUGUGGAGGUGUAUAUUGCUCAAGAUAUCAAAACAACUGCGCCAAAUUGCAUUCUACAGAAGCAGGGCACGCUAUUGCACUCUCGCUCUCGGAUCUCAGUGUUUGGUGUUAUCAAUGCGACGAAUACAUUACUUCUCCGUCACUCGACACGUUGAAGCGUCGCGUUUAUAUACUAAAGUUUGAUGCUCCACCCCCUGAGGGCAGUGAAUUAGAUGUUGGCGCUUGAAGCGUUCUAUUAAACAGAAUGUGAACAUAUUUCAUCAGGGAAGCGGUGCAGUCGGUGGUUCCCCGUGGAUUAUAAGCGGCAUCUUUCUCUAUUGAAUCAUAUU